AUGGCAUUUCAACAAGAAUAUUUUUCCAUUCCGCCCAUCACACGGGCUUAUACAACCACAUGUAUUUUAACGACACUUGCAGUACAAUUAGAUUUUAUUACAGCUUAUCAACUUUAUUUUAAUCCAGAAUUAGUUUUUAAAAAAUUUCAAUUAUGGAGAUUAAUAACUUGUUUUUGUUUUUAUGGUGGAAUUGGUUUUAAUUUUUUUUUUAAUUUAUUAUUUACAUAUCGUUAUUGUCGUCAUCUUGAAGAGGGUUCAUUUCGUGGACGUGCUGCAGAUUUUCUUUUUAUGUUUCUAUUUGGUGGAAUAUUAAUGAUAUCAAUGGCAUUAUUUGUUAAUAUUGUUUUUCUUGGUUCAUCGUUAACAAUUAUGUUAGUCUAUGUUUGGAGUCGUCGAAAUCCUUUUGUUAGGAUGAAUUUUUUUGGUUUGUUUAAUUUUCAAGCUCCAUAUUUACCUUGGGUACUAUUUGCAUUUUCACUUUUACUUGGAAAUUCAGUUAUUUUUGAUUUAAUGGGUAUUAUUGUUGGUCAUAUAUAUUAUUUUCUUGAAGAUAUAUUUCCACAUCAACAAGGUGGUUUUCGUAUUUUAAAAACACCUCAUUUUUUACAUUGGCUAUUGGAUGAAGUAUCUCAUCGUACGGAUGAAAAUGAAACACGUCCUAAUGUUGACAACAAUAUAGGAUUAGGUGCUGCUGGUGAUUUUCAUUGGCAGUGA